UUUACUUUAAAUCUGUUGAAGAACUGUCGCUGUCAUCGGUAAAAUAGACAUAAGCAGAAAAAGUGGACGUUUAUUCGUGACAAACCAUGUCUAUGCUUCCAACAUUCGGCUUUACGCAAGAGCAAGUGGCGUGCGUCUGCGAGGUCCUUCAGCAGGGUGGAAACAUUGAACGUCUCGGGCGCUUUUUGUGGUCUCUGCCGGCUUGCGAACAUCUCCACAAGAACGAGAGUGUGCUCAAAGCGAAAGCUGUGGUCGCUUUUCAUAGGGGAAAUUUCAGAGAGCUUUAUAAGAUUCUCGAGAGCCACCAGUUCUCUCCGCACAACCAUCCGAAAUUGCAGCAGCUGUGGCUCAAAGCGCAUUAUGUCGAGGCUGAGAAGCUCCGGGGCCGCCCUCUUGGGGCUGUUGGGAAAUACCGCGUCCGAAGAAAGUUUCCGCUCCCUCGCUCCAUCUGGGACGGCGAGGAGACAAGUUACUGCUUUAAAGAAAAGAGCAGGAGUGUGCUGCGGGAAUGGUACACUCAUAACCCCUACCCUUCCCCGCGGGAGAAGAGGGAACUAGCAGAGGCAACGGGGCUAACAACAACACAAGUCAGUAACUGGUUUAAAAACAGACGUCAACGCGACCGAGCAGCGGAGGCUAAAGAAAGGGAGAAUAAUGAGAACUCGAACACAAACAGUCACAACCCAUUAACGUCUUCCAUGAAUGGAAAUAAGACUAUUUUAGGAAGCUCGGACGACGAUAAAACGCCGUCUGGUACUCCAGAUCACACCUCGUCAAGCCCGGCCUUGCUCCUCACGUCAAACUCCGGACUUCAGUCCCUCCACGGCCUCGCACCUCCACCUGGUCCCAGCGCCAUCCCAGUGCCUAGUGCUGAUUCCGUGCAUCACCACCACCAUUCAUUACACGACACUAUACUGAACCCUAUGUCAUCAAACUUGGUCGACCUUGGCUCUUAAACAUGUGGACCCUUUCAAAAGGACGCUUGUACGUGAACGUUUAGCGUAA